AUGGAGAACUCGGAGAAGGUGGUGGCUGUGAUCAUGGUGGGUGGGCCCACCAAAGGGACAAGAUUUCGGCCUCUUUCCUUCAAUAUUCCCAAGCCCCUUUUCCCUUUGGCUGGCCAGCCAAUGGUUCACCAUCCUAUUUCUGCUUGCAAAAGGAUACCCAAUUUGGCUCAAAUAUAUCUUAUUGGAUUCUACGAGGAGCGAGAAUUCGCUCUAUAUGUCUCUUCAAUCUCGAAUGAGCUGAAAUUACCAGUAAGAUAUUUGAGAGAGGAUAAACCGCAUGGUUCAGCAGGUGGCCUUUACUACUUCAGAGAUAUUAUCACGGAAGACAGUCCAUCACAUAUCUUUCUGUUAAACUGUGAUGUUUGCUGCAGUUUCCCACUACCAGCAAUGCUUGAUGCCCAUAAAAGAUAUGGUGGGAUGGGGACAAUGUUGGUGAUCAAGGUUUCAGCUGAAUCUGCGAACCAAUUCGGUGAGUUGAUUGCUGAUCCAACCACUAACGAGUUACUGCAUUAUACCGAGAAACCUGAGACAUUUGUCAGUAAUUUGAUAAAUUGCGGUGUCUAUGUUUUCACCCCUGAUAUUUUUUCUGCCAUCCGAGAAGUAUAUAUGAAUAGAGAAGGCAGAGCUAAUCUACGUCGUCUCUCCAACUUUGAAACGCUCCAAUCUGCCACAAGGACUAUUCCUGUUGAUUUUGUGAGAUUGGAUCAAGAUAUUUUAUCACCUCUAGCUGGGAAGAAGCAAUUUUAUACAUAUGAAACAAUGGAUUUCUGGGAGCAAAUUAAAACUCCAGGAAUGUCAUUGAAAUGCUCAGAAUUGUAUCUUGCUCAAUUCCGGUAUACUUCACCGGAUCUUUUGGCCAGUGGAGAUGGUAAUAAGAGUGCUAUAAUUUCUGGUGAUGUAUAUAUUCAUCCGUCUGCAAAAGUUCAUCCAUCCGCAAAGAUUGGUCCCAAUGUUUCCAUCUCAGCAAACGUUCGUGUAGGUGCUGGUGUCAGGUUAAGUGGUUGUAUAAUCUUGGAUGAUGUUGAAAUUAAGGAAAAUGUUUUUGUCACAAACUCCAUUAUUGGAUGGAAGUCAUCACUUGGAAGAUGGUCACAUGUGCAGGCUGAUGGUAACUACGAUGCAAGACUUGGCACAACCAUCUUAGGCGAAGCUGUAACGGUUGAAGAUGAAGUGGUAGUGUUCAACUGCAUUGUGCUUCCACAUAAAACUCUUAAUGUCAGUGUGCAAGAAGAAAUCAUCUUGUAA